CCUUCUGCGCGUGUGCAGGCGGAACGUUCGCGAAAAUUCCUGAAGCUGGACCGGCGGCUUCCGGAAACCAGCUAAGGCUUGUGCCGUACCGCCGGCGAUUGCCGCGGUGAUUUAGUUGUAGUCCCGGUGGUGUGGGUUCACCCGGAAAACGGAAUGGCGCUUCUGUGUUACAACCGCGGCUGUGGCCAGCGAUUCGACCCCGAGGCCAACGCGGACGAUGCUUGCACAUACCACCCAGGUGUUCCUGUGUUUCAUGAUGCCCUAAAGGGUUGGUCUUGCUGUAAGAGAAGAACAACUGAUUUUUCUGACUUCUUAAGCAUUGUAGGCUGUACGAAAGGCAGGCAUAAUAGUGAGAAGCCACCUGAACCAGUCAAGCCUGAAGUCAAGACCACUGAGAAGAAGGAGCUAUCUGAAUUAAAGCCCAAAUUUCAGGAGCACAUCAUUCAAGCCCCUAAACCAGUAGAAGCAAUACAAAGGCCAAGCCCAGAUGAGCCAAUGACAAACUUGGAAUUAAAAAUAUCUGCUUCCCUAAAACAAGCACUUGAUAAACUAAAACUGUCAUCAGGGAAUGAAGAAAAUAAAAAAGAAGAAGACAGUGAUGAAAUUAAGAUUGGGACUUCUUGUAAAAAUGGAGGAUGUUCAAAGACAUACCAGGGUCUACAGAGUCUAGAUGAAGUCUGUGUAUAUCAUUCUGGAGUACCCAUUUUCCAUGAGGGGAUGAAAUAUUGGAGCUGUUGUAGAAGAAAAACCUCAGAUUUUAAUACAUUCUUGGCCCAAGAGGGCUGUACGACAGGGAAACAUGUGUGGACUAAAAAAGAUGCAGGAAAAAAAGUUGUUCCAUGUAGACAUGACUGGCAUCAGACUGGGGGUGAAGUCACCAUCUCUGUAUAUGCUAAAAAUUCAUUGCCAGAACUCAGUAAAGUAGAAGCAAAUAGUACAUUGUUAAAUGUUCACAUUGUAUUUGAAGGAGAGAAAGAAUUUCAUCAAAAUGUGAAACUCUGGGGUGUGAUUGAUGUGAAACGAAGUUAUGUCACUAUGACAGCAACAAAGAUUGAGAUCACUAUGAGAAAGGCGGAGCCCAUGCAGUGGGCCAGUCUCGAACUGCCUACAACCAAAAAGCAGGAGAAACCAAAAGAAGAUAUUGCAGAUUGAUUGGAAGAGAAACAGAAAGCUUUUGUCUAUUUUAGAGUUCUUCAUGUGUGUGGUGAAAUAGUUGCUUGCUGCUGUAAUAUUUUGUUGUUUUUAAUCUACCAUUUUGGAUUAUCAUGAGGUUCUUCAAAGCCAAAGUCUGUUAAAUGUUUGUGCCUCUAUCUUCCUGUUGAGUUCCACAAUGUGAUUAUCCACAUAGCCUCACUGGAACUAUAGUUGUUGCCCCACACUUGAAGGGAGGAAAGUGUAAUUGCAGUAUUUCUUAGUUUAAAUUAUUAUAAGCAGAGAAACAAAAAAAAAUUUUUUUUAAUCCUGAUGUCUGCUUGAUCCUUAAAUGGAAAAGCUAGGUGGUUAAAAAAAAAUUUAAUUGACCGUUCCAUGAACUUUUAUUGCUAUAAUUCUUGAAAAUCUUUAAGGAAAAGAUUUGUUUGUUUUUCCCUAUGCAGUGGUUACUUUUUGUAGUACUAAUUCUGAAGCAGUGUAGUCAAACCAUCUGUGUGUACUGCCUAACAUUAUAAUUAAUUUGAAGUUAAUUUAAUUUCAGAAAGUUACAUAAAUAUCUGUUAAUUGUCAAGCAGUAUAAUUUAAGAUAGGAAAUAUAACUAAGAUUAUAGAAGUAUCAAUUUGGUCAAAAUUUAUCAUUUCAUAAAAGUAAGCAAUAAUGUUUUUUUAAAAAAAUAUGAUUAUUUAAAGGUCUUUUAAAUGGUGUUUUGGCUAAAUUGUGCCUGAUUUAUAGUCUAAAAUCUCUUAUGAAUUGUAUCUGUUUUCCUGAUGAAAAACUGUAUCUGUAAAACUGUGACUGUAUAGUUUUGUUGAAAUAUUUUAAGGUGUUGGUUGAGGUUGAAUCUGAAAUGUCCUUGCAAGCUUGUUUUAAGCUUUUUGCUCUCCCAACUUAUGGCUGUGUUAUGAAGGCUGUGAAACCUUUAGGACGCUGGGCCUGGUUGAACUCACUAGGGGUGAGCCUUUGAGUAUUAUACAUCCCUGGUCUGAUCCAGUCAGGGCAUAUGAACCAUCUCUGUCCCUGUACUCCCACCGCUGCCUCCUCAGCCUUUAUAGACUGUGUCCUCUAAAACCGUGAGCCAAAAUAAACUUUCCUCCCUUGA